UUUAAAACCGGCACGUCGCUUCCAGCGUCGUCCUCCCACGUCACCUCGGCGUUCCUCUGCUGAUUAGUUGAUGAGGUGUUGGUUAAUCACUAUCAUCAAGUGAGGGGAGGAGGAAUGAGGAAACGAAGGGAAAUGAGGCGGGCCAGAGAAUCGUGGUGUGUCGAAGGGUGGGAGGCGAUGGCCCAAUACCUACUGAGGCCAAAAUUUUCUGUUCGUCGUUAUCCUUCUCAUUCAUUGUUACGUGUCUUCUCUCGUUAAAGUGAACGCUUCAGAAAGCCAGCAAGUCGGUUUAGCAAUGUGUUCCUACGGGCGACCAGUGUUGUCGUGUUAAUAUAUAUCUCUGCGUGCGCGCUUAUAUCCCGACAGGCGCAUCAUUGGCGGGGAUCGUGUGUUAUUGCGUCGAUGAAAUUUGCAGUUAUACACACAGGGAAAGCGAAAGUCCAAGCGCACGCGAGAGACGGAUAAAGCGUGUGACACGCAUAUAUUGAGAGAGAGAGAGAGAGAGAGAGAGAGAGAGAGAGAGAGAGAGAGAGCGGCAGAAGGGUGAGAGUCAUAGGUAAGUGUUUGCAAGGGACGACUGAACCCCAGUUUUGCAAGCAACAGUACAGAGAGGGGAUACAGAGCCGCACACUCCAUGAGUUGCACAGGUUGUCGUGUGCUUCGCAAGGGCUGCAGUGAAGACUGCCCGUUGCGCCCUUGCUUGGCCUGGAUCGAGGGUCAGGAUGCCCAGGGACACGCCACCGUGUUUUUGACCAAAUUUUUUGGAAGAGCAGGGCUGAUGGGGUUUAUUACCGCUGUCCCGGAGAGUCAGAGAGCAGCUCUCUUUCAGUCUCUUCUGUAUGAGGCUUGUGGUCGUUCCAUCAACCCCGUUUACGGCUCCCUAGGUCUUCUGAUGAGUGGCCAUUGGUCGCUUUGCCAAGCAGCCGUCGAUCGUGUUCUGCAAGGCGGCUCCCCUGGAGAUGUGCACAGUUCUGGCAUCAAUCCGGCAAGUGGAGAUAUUGUUCCGCCAACGAGGCUAAAUUAUCGUCACCAGCAGCAGAUAAAGGCAGCCGGAGUAGAGGGAGGGGCACCGCAGCACGUCAAGGGCGGAGAUCAGUGUAGCAUCAGUCAGGCUAAGAUUUCUGUUUCGAGCAACUGCACUAGCGUGAGACGUGUCUCUCGUUCUUCAAGCGGGACGAAGUCGUCAGAUUGCGCUUCUGGCCCGUCUCCUCCGUGCUAUCACUCUCCCUCCUUUUCGCCUUUCGGCAUUGCGUCCCUGAAACAGUCUGAUAGCAGCCAGACCCUCUCGGCCUGCUCCAAUACCACCAGCGUGGGUGUGCCUCCUUCCUCCUCAACGGCAAGUAAAUCUAACAGCGCCAAGAGGCUGCGCUUAUACUGGCAAGAUGAAGAGCAAUAUCAGCUUGGAGUGGAAGUUGGUCAGAAGAGCCACCGCCAUCAACAAACCUCUUUCGAACACGAUCAACGACAUAUUCACUGUCAGAACGAGGACCAACAGCAGAACUCUUCUGGGAACUCCAUGUCUGGGUCGCUGGUCGAAGAGGGGGCAUCGAGCGACGCUGCCUUCGUCGGGUUGGAUCUAAAUUGCACCCCAAACUCGGGAGCACCGGCUGUAGUUUGCUCUCCGCAGUCGUACGGUUCGUCCUGCCGAUCACUGACUCAGAACCCGUCGGUCGGAAACUGCUUCGACAGCACAGACCUUUCCUAUUUCUCCCACUGUGCGCCGAAUGUCUCACCCACCCGGGUCUUCACUCUCCUUCCCUUGCUCGAAUAACAAUUGACUUCGCAUGGGUCGAUACGCAUACCUGCUAAGCAGUCCUCCCACGCAUUGUUUCCAUGGAACACCGCUGACGCAUCACAUCUUGCAUACAGUGUAUUGGUGUUUGGCCUAUUGAUGCCAUUCAUCAGUGUCUCACCCAGAGGCUCAACCACGGAUGUCACAGGCGUCGCCUCAUCCAAGUGGAACUAGAGAGGAAAUGUGGCGCAUUGAGUUGAGGAUGAGGAUGGACUUUGGCCGCCUAUGUUCUGUCCGAUUUCUGUUUCUGUCUGUUUUUAUCUUCCUGUGGGGGGGGCUCUUUCCCUCUUUUUCACACCGGACACGUGUACACACGCACACAAGACAUGCACACAGAGACGCGCUCGCGCGCUCGUCGAAGCACACUGGCAUCCUCGUUAGUACUAACAAAAUGACACCGGCAAAGGGGCUUCGGAGGCAAGUCAUUCUGUUGCUUCGAAUUCCCAAGUCCUAUGAGCACGUGCAUGUGCAGGGAGCGCGAAGAAAGAAAAAGAGCGAGCGAGCGAGCGAGCGAGCGAGAGAGAGAGAGAGAGAGAGAGAGAGAGAGAGAGAGAGAGAGAGAGAGAGAGAGAGAUGGGGGUGAUCUCAUGUGAGGAAUUAGCCGCGUGCUGAUGAAUUGCCGAAUCCGAUUGUAUUCUGUUCUUGUGAAUGAGAAGGGAAAAGGAAAGAUGGUAGGUGAUGUUCAGUGGCAGUGAUAAAUAGCUCUUCUCGCGUGUCUCACCGUUUUCUUUUCCAUCUACGCUUCGACAAUCUUCUCUCCUUUACAUCGCGUCGGAUGCACUCUUCUGAUAUCUUACAAUCCGUGCUUUCUAUUUAUUCUGUUUCCGGUUCAGGCAGCCAUUCGCGUUAUUCAUUCUUUGUUCUCUUCUUUUCCUUGUUAACAAGAGCUUAGGCUGCUCUUCCUUUAGACCGUUGUCUUCAUUUGCUGCCUCCUUCCGGUCGUUACUUUUCAGUGAGUGACGUCCGUCCGCUAGCGAAGUGAAUAAACUCAGUAUAUGAUCUCGAUUUUGCGAUUGCUUUUCGGCAAGAAGCUGCUGUUUCUGACGCACGACCACGAGCAUACAUGAGAGAGAGAGAGAGAGAGAGAGAGAGAGAGAGAGAGAGAGUAGGCAGACCGCGCGGAGCUUGUUCAGUAGAGUAACACAAUUCGUCGACAAUUCGGUUUUCGUUUUGAUUGGCUUCUGCACAGGGUUUUUUUUUUUUUUUUUUUUUUUUUUUGCGUGUCCUUUCUCACAGGGCCACAGGUUUUCAGUCGAAUGGCUUUAUUCGUUUCUUUUACUUCGGUUCUGGUUGUUGUCGUUUCCUGGGACGUCUCUGACGGCUGUUGCGCGAGAUUGUAAGUGCGAACAUUGCACAAUGGCCAAGUAAUUUUAGGACGUGACUCACUUGUCAGGCUUGAAGUACCACGAGCUUGUAACUUUGGUAGGUCGGAGGGGAGGGCCAAGAGGACAUCAGACGUCUGACUGUUUGUGCAUGUACUACUGACCAUGGCGGACCGGAGUGUAAUUUGAAAUACAGCCGUUGGACCAUGUGUAUGUCCUCAUUCGUGCUUACCCACUGGACGCGACCACGAUUGGCGACAUUGGCUCGAGACAAGGAGGAUAGCCAUACAGAUAUCCGAAGACGCUGAAGGACAGCGGGAGAGUAGUAAGACCGUGACACGAAACGUGAAGAUGUCCGAUAGUCGCUCGUUUCUCACACGCCCAAGUGGACCUUCCCUGCUAAAGACGAAGAUCCUGUUUCCGUGAUGUUUUUCCUGCUUUACUAGGCAGUUUGAGCGAGCCUGAAAUUAAAUUGCGUUACGUGAGUCCUAUGGGUGGCAGUUGGCAAGGUGAUAUGAAAUAUCAGGGAGGAUUAACGAUUGGUCAUACACUG